AAUUGAAAGAAUCAGUACCAUCCACAGAUUACACAUAUUUCUCUUUCUUUUUUCUGUUCCCAAGCAGAAGAAAGAAACAACUUUCUUUCAUUUUCUCACUAACCAAACACACUAACCCCUUUUUUAUUCCAUUAAAAAACCUCUUCUUUUCUCUAUAUUUCCACCAUCCAAUCAAUAAUCAACCAAAGGGUAUGCUUGUUAAUCACUAAUUUUCAUCAUUAUUGACCUCACAAAAAUCAAUCCAAACCCUAAUUCUAAUCAAAUCUUCAUCGCCAUGAAGCCGAUUCAACCGCCUCCUCCCGGAACCGCCUCUGCACCAUCACCUCCACCACCAUCACCACCUCCAUCAGCCUCCGCUUCUCCAUCACCACCACCAUCAGCCUCCGCUUCUUCAUCAUCAGCUAAUCGAAACCGGUCCCGCCGGCGCUCCGACCUAACCCUACCGCUCCCACAGCGCGACCCAGUACGAGCCGUUCCUCUGCCGUUACCGCCGUCAUCUGCCCCGUCAUCAACAACAAGUAAUAAUAAUAAUAAUCAUAUUAAUAAUAGUAAUAGUAAUUCUAAUCAUAAUAAUCAGAGGCCAUGUCUGCAAGUGAACUUCACCGAGCUGGAUAAAAUCAACCGGAUAGGAAGCGGAAGCGGCGGAACUGUCUAUAAAGUUGCUCACCGGCCGUCAGGUAAACCCUUUGCUCUUAAGGUAAUUUAUGGUACUCAUGAUGAUUCCGUUAGGGGCCAGAUCUGCCGCGAGAUCGAGAUUCUUCGCGGCGUAAAUCAUCCGAAUGUUGUUAAAUGUCAUGAAUUUUAUGAACAUAGCGGUGAGAUUCAGGUUUUACUUGAGUUUAUGGAUGGUGGGUCUUUAGAAGGUACUCAUAUUGCCCAUGAGGCUCAUUUGGCUGAUGUUGCUAGGCAAAUCUUGAGCGGUAUUGCGUAUUUGCAUCGUAGGAAGAUUGUUCAUAGGGAUAUUAAACCGUCUAAUCUGUUGAUUGAUUCGAAAAAGAACGUAAAGAUUGCUGAUUUUGGUGUUAGUAGGAUUCUUGCUCAGACUAUGGAUCCUUGUAAUUCGGCGGUUGGGACUAUUGCUUAUAUGAGUCCGGAAAGGAUAAAUACGGAUUUGAAUCAUGGUCAGUAUGACGGAUAUGCGGGUGAUGUUUGGAGUUUAGGGGUUAGUAUGUUGGAAUUUUAUUUGGGGAAGUUUCCAUUUGCUGUUGGAAGACAAGGUGAUUGGGCUAGUUUGAUGUGUGCAAUUUGUAUGGCGCAUCCGCCGGAAGCACCACCUACCGCUUCGAGGGAGUUCCGUGAUUUUAUAGCUUGUUGUUUGCAGAGAGAACCGGCUAGGAGGUUGUCCGCAGUUCAAUUGUUACAUCAUCCUUUUAUUACACGGAACAGUGGUGGCCAAAGAGAGGCUACUCAGAAUCUUCAUCAACUAUUGCCUCCCCCUCGCCCUCUCUCUUCAUAACCCUCUCUUUUCUUUUUUUCCAAAAUAUAUUUGCGAAUUACUCUUCAUGAUUUUGGUUUAUCUUUUGUUGCUAUUGCUAUUGUUGUUGUUAUUAAUCUUUAUUCUCUGUGUAAUUCCUCAUUUGAUUGGUCGGAUUUUAUCUCGUAGGAGCAAAUGGUAGAAUCAUCAUAAUCAAA